AUGUUUCAGAAUUCGGUACUUAAGAGUAAACUGCAAAGUAAAAUAGAUGCACUCUCCAUAAUGAGCAAUGAACUUGAUAAAUGUUGUAUGGAGAGAGAUAGAUACAAAAUACUAGUCGAACAAUUAAAAUGUAAGAAACAUAUGCAAGUUAAUAAUAAUCUUGAUAGAUUUGCACCAACCAACACAAUCAGUGGCAGCGAAAUAUUAGCUAGGACAAAAGAAAGCAAUAAUAUGCUUAAAUUAGAGGUAGAAAGUUUAAAGAGUAAGCUUGAAGAAGCUAAUGGUGAUAUAUUAGCAUUAAGGAAGGAAUUACAGAAGAUUGUUUUAGAAGAACACAAUGGGAAUAAGAAAACAUGUACCGCCUUCUCUAAGACGGAUUAUGAAAUACUUGUUCAGGAUUUGGAAAAAGUUCAGAAAAAGUAUCAACAGAUACAACUAGAUUACAGGACAACUUUGGAUGAGAAAGAAGAAUUAGUAUCAGAUCGUGAUUAUUACAAAAAUAAAGUACAAAGAUUGAUCAGUCAGAUCUUUAACAAUAGUGUGAAGACAGAUAAUGAGAAAUCUACACCGUUUGUGGAUGUGGAUGCUCUGUUAACAGAAAAUAAAUAUCUUCAUGAGAGAAUAACACAACUACAGGUUGAGAAGGAAAUUGUUAAAAGAACUCUUACUAAAUACAAGACCUUACUCGAUAAUAGGAACAAGAGUGAGCCGUAUAUCAAAAAAGGUUUCGCAGAUGUCAUGACACAGAAACAAGUCAGAGAGUAUCUGGACAUCAAUUCUAAGACCGGUUUGAAGAGAGGCUCAGCUCAAGAGUUGAAGCGACUUUGUUUGGGAUUGUUUGAAGCAUUGAAUGACAAGUCGAUAGCUUUACAACAUCAAAGGAAAACUAACCAAAUUCUGGCAAACCGAAUAACAGAAUUGGAGAAAACUUUAGAAAGUUGGUGCAAUGGACAGAAAUUCGUUCCUAUAUUCCCAUCACAGAUGCUAUUAGAAGAACUGAACGAUACUAGCUCCACCAAAUCAGACGAAUCUAGAGGACGUACUGCGAAAGAUUCAGAAAACAACAGAAAUAAAAUAAAAUACACAGACAGCGAGGAAGAAAUAAAUGACAGUAAAGAAAAUAUACAAGAAAUGACUUAUUAUGAUGGUGAUACUAGAAAGUUGACUCAGAAAACUGUUCUUCCAAAGGAACUGCAGGACUUGGUGAUGGAAGCAGCUAAGGAAAUUAAGAUGAAUCAGAAAUAA